CCCGCGCACCAGGAGUUCCCCUGCGCGCCCGCGCCCCGCUCCUGCCCGCAGCGCCAGACGCCGCUCCGCCGACGGCGACAUGGGCGUCCUCGCGGCCCCCGAGGCCGGCAGCCGGCGCUGGGGGCCCCUGCUCCUCGCUCUCUUCCUGGCUGCGUCCCGAGGUCUGGUGGCAGCCUUCAAGGUUGCCACACCGUAUUCCCUGUAUGUGUGUCCGGAGGGGCAGAACGUCACCCUCACCUGCAAGCUCUUGGGCCCUGUGGCCAAAGGACAUGACGUGACCUUCUACAAGACAUGGUACCGCAGCUCGCGGGGUGAGGUGCAGGUCUGCUCGGAGCGCCAGCCCAUCCGCAACCUCACGUUCCAGGACCUUCACCUGCACCACGGAGGCCACCAGGCCGCCAACACCAGCCAGGACCUGGCCCAGCGCCACGGGCUGGAGUCCGCCUCCGACCACCACGGCAACUUCUCCAUCACCAUGCGCAACCUGACCCCACUGGACGGCGGCCUCUACUGCUGCCUGGUGGUGGAGAUCAGGCACCACCACUCGGAGCACAGGGUCCACGGGGCCAUGGAGCUGCAGGUGCAGACAGGCAAAGAUGCACCGUCCAAAUGCAUCGCGUACCCAUCCUCCCCCCAGGAGAGUGAAAACAUCACAGCUGCAGCCCUGGCGACGGGCGCCUGCAUCGUGGGAAUCCUUUGCCUCCCCCUCAUCCUGCUCCUGGUCUACAAGCAAAGGCAGGCGGCCUCCAACCGCCGCGCCCAGGAGCUGGUACGGAUGGACAGCAACACUCAAGGGAUUGAAAACCCUGGCUUUGAGGCCUCCACACCCUCCCAAGGGAUGCCCGAGGCCAAGCCCAGGCCCCCACUGUCCUACGUGGCCCAGCGGCAGCCUUCUGAGUCCGGGCGGCACCUGCUCUCCGAGCCCAGCACGCCGCUGUCUCCUCCGGGCCCCGGGGACGUCUUCUUCCCAUCCCUGGAGCCUGUCCCUGACUCCCCAAACUUUGAGGCCGUCUAGACCAGCCAGGGGACAGUGGGCAGUUGUGGCUGGGUCUGGAGCAGGUGUAUUUGAGCCAGGCCUGGCCCUCUGAGUGGCUUCCUUGGCCUUGGCCCUGGCUCCGUCCCUCUUGCUCUGAGUCCAGACUCUGAGACAGCCCUGAUGCCCAGCCCCUCAGCCCUCCGGAUGCUACAAGGGGGAAGGGGGCAGAUGCCGGAUGGCUCAGCCCCUGUCCCAAGGAUGUUGGGGUGCUGGGAUUCCCCGCAGAAACCUGAAAUUCACCAGCUACAGAUGCCAAAUGACCUACAUCCUAACCAGACUCAGAACCUCCAGCUCUGCAGCAGCCUCUCUCCACGAGCCUCGGGACCUGGCAGCCUCAAUAGGACUAGACGUGCCACCCUCCCAGGCCCGAGGCACAGGGCAAGAUGCGGAGGGACUCCUCCCCCCUGUGGUGACCUGGCUCCCCCAUGUCACCCGAGGCUACUCGUCUGUCAGAUCUACUCUUUGUACCCAUGGGGGCACCGGGGCCUGUGUGCCUGGGCCUGCCCGCCCCCCGCCAUCGGAGCCUUCCCCAGCUGCCUCCCACCAGCAGUUUCUCUAAAGACCUGUCAGCAGGUUAAGCCAAUCCGGGGCUCCCACUGCCUGCAUUCUGGUCUCCACAGUUCAGUGGCCAGAGACCCCGAAACAGGAAGUACAUAUUGGGGCACGGUGGCCACUGUGAGCCAAUUGGCGUCUUGGGCAAUCCUCGGCCAGGCCAGAGGUUGCACCACCCACCGCAAACAGCGGUGAGGGCAGGCGGGUGGGGCCUGCUGAGAAGGUGAGAGGAGGGGCUCCCUCCUCCCGCCCUCCCCGUCCCUGACUCCCACUGCUCAGCGUGGGCCAUAGCAACGGUGCCACAUAAUGUCUUGUCCACACCGGGACACUUCUGGGUGUGAAAGGGGGGUGCUAUUAAAAACGACAUGGGGCAACAGGUGCAAA